AUGUCCUUUUACGCUCCUUCGAACCAGCAGCGCACUCUGCGCGCCUGCAUGGUCUGCUCCGUUGUUCAGCUUCAUAAUAAAUUCAUGCGUGACGGCUGUCCGAACUGCGAAAACAUCCUCCAGCUCCGUGGGAAUAACGAUGCCAUUCAAGAAUGCACCUCACAGGUCUUCGAGGGCUUGAUUGCAGUUCGUGACCCGGCCGCUAGCUGGGUUGCGCGGUGGCAGCGUUUGGACAACUAUGUUGCUGGGACAUAUGCGGCCAAGGUGACAGGAACACUCCCCGAGUACAUUAUUAACAGCUUGGAGGAUUCCGGGGUCAAAUACGUUCCGCGCGACGGAAGUACCGGCGAGGAGGAGUCCUGA